AUGAACCUUUUUAUUCAUAAUAUCAUUGAAGGCAGAGAAUCUUUCAUUGAUCAAGCCCAUCAUUUUCAUGGUAACUGGGUUCAUGCAAAGAAAAUGUACGCUUCAUACGAGUAUGCCAUUUCGGAUGGAGUUACAGUAUUUGAAGCAGGAGAUAUGAACAACUUUAGAAACAUCUUUAAAUAUCAUCCUGGUCGAGUUGUUGGUGCAUAUGAUAACGUUAUAGUCCUUGGCCAUGUAGGAGUAGGCCUUUUUGGACAUUUUAUGAAUGAAGUUUUGACACAGACAGUACUUUUCCCAGAAGAAAUACAAAGGAAGUCAUACAUAAUAGUAAAAGGAAAUCGUUCCAUGUGGGAGGGAAUCAUGGCUGCUCUUGGAUUCGAAGGAAGAACAAUUGUUCUUCAACCAGAGCAAUGGAUUUAUUGCGAGAACCUCUAUACAGUUGUUGAACCAAGACCUCAUGGAGGGUAUUACGGGCCAGCAAUAGAUAAUCUUCAUACUGUACUUAGAAAAGCUUUUAACAUUUCUCAUAUUAUUCCGACCAAAAUCGGGUUUUUGAAUAGGAAAGGACCUCUAAGAGUUGUAGCAAACUACGGAGCAUUGAUUGAAGCCGCAAAAAAGAAAUACCCUGAUUCUGAUUUCUUUCUUAUUCCAGACACAUUAGUUGCAUAUGAAGCCGCUAAGACAUUUUCGACUUGUAGAAUUAUGAUGACAACUACGGGCUCUUCCUGUAAUAAUAUUAUGUAUAUGGCUGAUAAAACAUGUAUUAUUAAGUUGGUAGGGCCAAUAGUUGACGUAAGUAAUAUUGUUGUGCCAAUAUCAAUUGAAAUAUAUCAAAUCAACAUAUACUAUCCAGGUUUGCUUCAUUAA